AUGUACCUCUUUAGCAUCAAACGGGGGGAAUUACUCCAGACAGUAGGAACCGCGUCAAAGAAUAGACCAGGGGGCAUAGCAGUGACAAAGCAUGGUGAACUGGUGUAUACUGAUCCAAUUGCUAAAACCUUAAACAUUGUGAAAGAUGAAGGCACCGAGUCUAUUACACUACAAAACUGGACACCUUACCGAGUCCGUUCUACCCCCUCUGGAGAUCUUCUAGUUAACAUGCACAGUAAUAGAGACAAGAGGUUAAAGGUUGUUCGUUACUCAGGCUCCACAGAAAAACAAUCCAUACUGCUCAAAGACAGAACCUCUAUCUAUGAACAUCCUGUUCAUAAUAAGAAUUGCAUUAGUGAAAACAGGAACUUGGAUAUCUGUCUGGUGCACUUCAAUGAUAAAUCAAUAAUUGUUAUAAACCAAGCUGGAAAACAGAGAUUCAUAUACAGGGGUCAAACGUCCUCUCCAAAAAGAAAACCGUUCAACCCCAAAGGGAUCACAACGGACAGUCGGAGUCAAAUCCUUAUAGCAGAUUAUGACAAUGACUGCGUUCACAUAAUAGAUCGGGAUGGAACGUACGUUCCUCGGCCUUAUAGAUUGUGGGCUAAGGGGCCCUUUUGGACUCUGUAUAGAUUCAAGGGACAAUCUGUUUGUUCCUGA